AUGCCGGCCAAGAGGAAACUGGUGCCGCCGGCCCUCAACAUCACCCCCACCAUCGCCGAGGGACCCAGCCCCACCGGCAGCGGCGAGGGCGACGGCUCCGAAGCACACCUGGUUGACCUCCAGAAGAAACUGGAAGAACUGGAGCUGGACGAGCAGCAGAAGAAACGGUUGGAAGCUUUCCUCACCCAGAAGGCCAAAGUGGGUGAACUGAAAGACGACGAUUUCGAGAGGAUUUCGGAACUAGGAGCUGGCAAUGGUGGGGUGGUCACCAAAGUACAACAUAAACCCUCAGGGCUAAUUAUGGCACGGAAGCUGAUUCACUUGGAGAUCAAGCCUGCCAUACGAAACCAGAUAAUCCGGGAGCUCCAGGUGCUCCACGAGUGCAACUCUCCGUACAUUGUUGGUUUCUACGGCGCCUUCUACAGCGACGGGGAGAUCAGCAUUUGCAUGGAGCAUAUGGAUGGAGGUUCCUUGGAUCAGGUUUUGAAAGAAGCCAAGAGGAUUCCUGAAGAAAUCUUGGGCAAAGUCAGCAUAGCAGUUCUGCGAGGAUUGGCUUAUUUACGAGAGAAGCACCAAAUUAUGCACCGAGAUGUGAAGCCUUCUAACAUCUUGGUGAAUUCCCGGGGUGAGAUUAAGCUGUGUGAUUUUGGAGUCAGCGGGCAGCUCAUCGACUCCAUGGCCAACUCCUUUGUGGGGACCCGAUCCUACAUGUCUCCUGAGCGUUUACAAGGCACCCACUAUUCCGUUCAGUCGGACAUCUGGAGCAUGGGCCUCUCCCUGGUGGAGCUGUCAAUCGGACGGUAUCCCAUUCCCCCGCCAGACGGCAAGGAGCUGGAAGUGAUUUUUGGCCGCCCCGUGGUCGAUGGGGCCGAGGGGGAACCCCACAGCAUCUCUCCGCGGCCCAGGCCGCCAGGACGUCCUGUCAGCGGUCACGGGAUGGACAGCCGCCCCGCCAUGGCCAUUUUUGAAUUGCUUGACUACAUUGUGAACGAGCCACCUCCAAAACUGCCCUAUGGAGUUUUCACCCAAGAAUUCCAGGAGUUUGUAAAUAAAUGCUUAAUUAAAAACCCUGCUGAACGGGCAGAUCUAAAGAUGCUGAUGAAUCACGCCUUCAUCAAGCGGGCCGAAGUGGAAGAGGUGGAUUUUGCCGGCUGGCUAUGCAAGACACUGCGGUUGAAGCAGCCCAGCACUCCCACCCGCACGGCCAUGUGACCGCCACUCCGGCUGCCUUGUCCUCCCUCCCUCCCUCCCUCCUCCUCCUCCCCCUCCUCUCUCUCGUGCACCUGCUUGUCUGCUGCUGUUCGCUGCCCUCCCGGCAGAAGAAGGAAGAAGCCCCAUCGGCCGGGCCUUGCCUCUCCUCCCUCGCUCUUUGCACCCGGAACAGCCAGGCAGGGGGGUUUUCAAGAAAGGGGCCCUCUCCCCCCCUCCCUCCCUCUCUCCUUC